GAAAAUAUGCGUCAAUGACAUUUAUCUGAGAGUUAUAGUCUAUUCCCUAUUUGAAUAUUUAGCUUUUAUCCUGAAUUAUUCUUUUGGAUGCUUUACAUUGUCAACAUGAAUUAGUUGCAGCAACUUUUAUCCCACACAUUGCUUCACAAACUUAAACAUCUUCUUCUCCUCCUCCUCGUUCUUUCUUCUAGCUUUUACCAAGGGCAUUUUCGUUAUAUUGUUCUUUGAUAGGAUUAAAUCAUUAAAGUCAAAAGGACAUGUCAUGAAAGCUAUGUAAGAUCUCUUUGUUCCGACAAGACACAAGACAAAGACGAAAGCCUCUUCCAUGUUUCUAUAUAUAAAUCAAAGAACAAAGCAGUUACCCUCAUUAACCAAGCCUUCCCCAUUCUUCUCCCUCUUUUCAAAUUUCUUUCAUUCUUACAGCUAUAGUAAAAUGGGAAGAUCACCGUGUUGCGAUGAGAGUGGGCUAAAGAAAGGGCCAUGGACGCCAGAAGAAGAUCACAAACUGAUAAAUCACAUACGAAAGCACGGUCAUGGAAGCUGGAGAGCUCUUCCAAAGCAAGCCGGUUUAAACCGGUGUGGGAAGAGUUGCAGAUUGAGAUGGACUAACUACUUGAGACCAGACAUCAAAAGAGGAAACUUCACUGCUGAGGAAGACCAAACCAUCAUCAACCUUCAUUCUCUUCUUGGAAACAAGUGGUCGUCCAUAGCUGGUCAUCUUCCUGGAAGAACAGAUAACGAAAUAAAAAAUUAUUGGAACACGCAUAUUAGAAAGAAACUUCUUCAGAUGGGGAUCGAUCCGGUGACCCACAGGCCAAGAACCGACCAUCUAAACGUUCUAGCCGCUUUACCGCAACUUCUAGCCGCCGCAAAUUUCAAUAACCUCUUGACUCUAAAUCAAAACAUACAAUUGGAUGCAACAAGUGUUGCAAAAGCCCAAUUGUUACAUAGUAUGAUUCAAGUCCUCAACAACAACAACAACACUACCCCUUCUUCUUCCUUUAACAUUCAUCACACCAACAAUAACAUCUUUAGUCAAUCUUCUUUCUUAGAGAAAAGACCAAAUAUAAGUGAAAAUCUCUAUGAUCCAGCCCAAAGCCUCUCUCACAUUGACCACCAGCCUUUAGAUUCGUUUUCUAGGCUGCCUGGAUUAUUUCCUCAUCAAAAUGAUCAAGAUAUGAUUCCUCCAAUGAUUUCGGCCUCUUCUGAUGAGUCUAAGCAAACCCAAAUGAUGAUCAAGAACAAGGAGAUUUUAAAGCAUAGUGAUCAAACUUCAAACCCUUCAUCGACCUCAACGUUCACACAAGACCAUCAGCCAUGGUGUGACAUAAUUGAUGAUGAAGCAAGUGAUUCUUUUUGGAAAGAAAUCAUAGAGCAAACUUGUUCAGAGCCUUGGCCAUUCCGUGAAUAGAAACGAGAGAAACACACUAGCAUAUUAAUUUCUGUGGAUAUAUAUUUACAUAAUAUAUUGUUGUUUGUUAAUUAACUUUCAGACAUGUCUUAAAUUUCCUUUCUUAUUUUUUCGACCAUGUAUACAUAACAUUGAUACUGUACAAAACUGAUUAUCAUACGUUUGUAUUAUUUUCUGUAAUUUUUUUGGGAAAUAUGUAUAGUACUAAUUCACAAUGUAUACGAGCUUACACCUCUAAAUUAGAUAAAUUAAUUCAUGAUUGAAAUGGCCAUCAAGAUAAUGUUUG